AUAAGGUAAUUUAUAAUGUUGACAUCUUUGGUCAUUGUUUAUACUGUUAUUAAAGUAUAAGAGAAGCCGACAUUUUCUUCUUAUAGUAUACCGAAAACACAAAUAACGUAAAUAUUUACAUUUACUUUGAUAUAGGAACACUUCAUAUCAAGUGCAACGCUCUCCAUUUCUUAAAUGGAUAAAGUCAGGAUAAUUGUGCUGUGUCUGUUUGCAAUUGUUACAGGUAACCAACUGCCUUUAGCGGAUCAAGGUUUGGUAAACUAUAUCGCAGAAAAUCUUGACGUCAAAUAUGACGUCAUUAGCAAUUUUGUUGAUGGACGUAGAUCUUUUACAUCAAAAAUAACACUAAAGAACACUGGAAAUCAACCCAUACCUCUUGAAAAAUGGGAAAUCUACUUCUUUGCAAUUCGCCUCGUUCAACCAAAUGCAUUUCCAUAUGAAAAUGGUUUAGUGCUGAGCGACUGUAAAAUGAAAUUAUUUCAUGUUGCCGGUAGUUUAUACAAAUUACAUCCAAUGCAAAACUUUUUGCUGAGUAAGCAAGAAAGUGUAUACUGUGAGUUAGUUAUGAAGUACUGGCAAUCGGCAAUAACAGAUACAAUGCCUAACUGGUACGUAGCGUCUGACGGUAUGAAACCCAGAGACAUCAUUUCCACUCAAGGCGAGGGGUUGUCUUUUAUAGGACCAUUUAACAGACCUGAGCAAUAUAAACGUUACACGGACGAUGGAUGGCAACCAUUUAGUCCUGAGAAAAGAUAUGAUCUGAAUGCAGCCAUGACUCUAAUACCUGAUAAAUCUCCGAAGCCGCUCAUUCCCACACCUGUAGAAAUCAAAUUAAAGAGUGGAAAAGUGACCAUUGACUCCGCUUGGAUGGUCUUGAAUUCUACACAGUUCUACCAAGAAACAGUUCUUAUUGCAGAUUUAUUUAACAUAAGCAUCCGAUCUGAGAAACCAAACAUAAAGUAUAUAGAAAUAGUCAAUGCAUCUGAUCUAGAUUUUUUGAGCCAAUCAGAAACGCAGAAUGAAGCAUAUUCAAUAGGAAUAACUACCAAUGCCAUACAUAUAUCUGCAACAACACGUAUUGGAGUGUUUUAUGCUUACCAAACCUUGAAAAGCUUAGCAACAGGUGGAAAAAUACUCCCGGUGGGUAACAUAAAAGAUCAACCACGGUUCGCAUACAGAGGAUUGCAUUUGGAUGUAGGAAGGAAUUUUCAUACGAAGGAAACAGUUCUGAAGAUUCUGGAUACAAUGUCUAUGUUCAAGUUAAACAAAUUUCACUUUCACUUGACAGAAGACGAAGGAUGGAGGCUUGAGAUUCCUGGACUUCCGGAAUUAACAAAGGUAGGCUCUAAACGGUGUCAUGACCUGAAAGAGGAUACAUGUCUCAUGCCCCAGCUAGGAUCCGGAUCAUUGGAAGGUGAUAUUGGUUCUGGAUUUUACACAGUUGAGGAUUACAAAGAAAUGUUGCGAUAUGCCAGUGAACGUCAUAUUCAAGUUAUUCCGGAAUUCGACAUGCCAGGUCAUUGCAGAGCAGGAAUAAAAGCAAUGGAGGCAAGAUUCCGGAAAUAUCUCAGUUAUGGAAACGAAACAGCUGCACGAGAAUAUUUAAUGACGGAUUUCUCCGAUACUACUCACUACCUGACAGUUCAAUGGUUUACAGACAAUGCAAUCAACAUAUGCAUGAAUUCAACACAAACAUUCAUACGAUACCUUAUCGAGUCGAUAAUCAAUCUACAUAAAGAUAUACAACCAUUACAAAUAUAUCAUUUUGGAGGCGAUGAGGUAGCUGGGGCAUGGAUUGAUUCACCCGAGUGCCAAAAAUUCCUCGAAAGAAAGAACCUUCACAAUACAACGGAGCUUAAAAAAUAUUUUGCCCAAGCCAUGGCUAAAAUGACGGACAACAGAGGUCUUACAGCAGCUGCAUGGGCGGAUGGUUUGAUGAUAGAGGGACAUACACCGUAUAAUAUCAGUGACCUUCCUACUAAAAAAAGCAUCAUCGCGUAUAACUGGGAUAAUCUUUGGGAGAGAGGACACGGGGAUAAGGCAUAUAAAUUAGCCAACGCUGGCUACAAGGUCAAU